AUGUCCGUCAGACCACCCACCUUAUCAAUAUUCUGGCAACAAUGCCUGAGAAGCCCAGUGCAGACUGGCUUUCGAAUGAACCCGAAAUCGUCAUGGCGUUUCUUCAAUUCUAGUGCGCCUCAGCAGAAGGCCAAGGGAGUGCCCAGAACUGUCGACUCCCCAUGGCAAGCCGCAAGCCCGUACGGCAACAAGAGCCCCCGUGCCCUUGCAAAGCUUCAAGCGAAGGUCCUACAAGCCGGAGAAGUACUCCUGUUCAAAGCUCCUUCCCAUCGCCCAUAUAUCAUCACCGCAUAUGGCCUGUCCGCAUUUUGCUUCGCUUAUGCCAUCUAUAACUCAAAUGCGGUCCUUUUGGAUCCUUUGAUCCCCCUUCCGAUGUGGCAGAAAUCGCUAUUCGGCGGUAUCUGUAUCAUGAUGAGUUUCGGAGGCACCCUGUUCAUCGCCCGAACCGGCGCACUGGUCAGGAAUAUCAAGGCGGUCAACUCUAAUGGUCGUAUGCGUGUUCAAUUCACAGUCCGGAGCAUGAUGCCUUUCAAGAAGCCUUAUCAGGUCGAAGUCGCGCCAGGCGAUCUCUCUUUCAAGCGCAGGAUCUCCGUCUCUCCGGAAACCAUGCAGCGGUACGAGGAGGACAGCACUAGACUUGGCCGUGGGUUGGAGACGAAGUCAAGUGUCUUCGGGACCAUCAGGUCCAUUCCGCGGCGAGCCUUCCAGUCUGUUCGUCAGCUUUUCACCAACGAGGACUUCAUCAUUGUGCAGCUGGCAGGUCACAAAACCCACUUCCGUCUGGACGCCAAUGGGUAUAUCGCUGAUGACCUCCUGUACUUUGGACGCAUGGUGAAUGUCAAAUUGCCAUUUAGAGAUUAA